GCCGGAGCGCUAUUUGAAUGCCGCAUGUCUGUGUUGUUUAUUUGAAGUCACUCGUCGUGAUUAGGCUGUGCUUAACGGUGAACAGAAUCGUUAAGUUUUUUAUUAUAAGUCAAUAUUUCUUGUUUCCGCCGUAGACGUUCAAAAAUGUCCGUGGAGCUUCGAGCUGCGCUGCUGCCAGCCACAGAAAACCCUCUGAAGAUGGGUAAAAGCUCCACGGCGGCUCCGAGGAGGGCUGCUCUGGGAGAACUAACCAACUUUACCGGAGCUAACCGCAAACCACACAACGCUAAGAAGAAAGGAGCAUCACAGAAACCAGCUGGUUCCCAGGAAGUGAAGCUGGCUCCGGAUCAGGCUGCUGUGGUCCAGAUCCCAGCAGCGACAGAAAUGCUCCCUUCACUUACAGAGGAGCCAGCUGACCUGAAGGAGGAAAAGCUAUGCCAGGCAUUCUCACAGGUUCUGCUCAUGGUGCAGGAUGUGGAUGAGGAGGAUGGACACCUGCCUCAGCUCUGCUCUGAAUAUGUCAAGGACAUCUACAACUACCUGCACGUUCUGGAGGUGCAACAGGCUGUACGAGCUAACUACAUGCAGGGAUAUGACAUCAAUGAGCGCAUGAGGGCGCUCCUCAUCGAUUGGCUGGUCCAGGUCCACUCCAGGUUCCAGCUGCUACAGGAGACUCUGUACCUUACCGUGGCUAUUCUAGACAGGUUCCUCCAGGUCCAACCGGUCUCUCGCAGGAAGCUGCAGCUGGUCGGCGUCACUUCCAUGCUGCUGGCCUGUAAAUAUGAGGAGAUGUACACGCCAGAGGUGGGAGACUUUGCCUACAUCACUGACAACGCCUUCAGUAGGGCUCAGAUUCUGGACAUGGAGCAGCUGGUUCUGAGGGGCAUCAACUUCCAGCUGGGACGCCCGCUGCCGUUACACUUCCUCAGGCGGGCUUCCAAAGUGGCCAGUACUGAUCUAGAGAAACACACUUUGGCCAAGUAUCUGAUGGAGCUGACCCUCUUGGACUACCAGCUAGUCCACUACCGGCCUUCUGAGAUCGCUGCUGCCUCCCUGUGCCUUUCCCAGCUGCUGAUGGAUGUACUGCCAUGGUCGCCCACACAGCAGCACUACUCGACCUACGACGAGGCCCACCUGAAGCCAAUCAUGCAGCACAUCGCCAAGAAUGUUGUGAUGGUGAACGAAGGGAAAACAAAGUUCCUGGCGGUGAAGAACAAGUACUCGAGCAGCAAGCUGAUGAAGAUCAGCCUCAUUCCUCAGCUGAAGUCUCCAGUCCUAAAGAAAAUGGCUGCUGCUUUGAUCAACAAUUAAGACUUUUAUUUUGAAACAUAUUAGAUGUUUUACUAGCACUUUAUUUUGUCAUCUCUCUGAGAGAGGAACACAUAACCUUUUCAGACUUGUUCACAGCUUUUGCGUUCCUAAAGAAGUGAAUUUCCAAUGGAGUGUGUUUGUUCCCGUAACUGAAAGUGGAGAAGUUUUUAAUAAAAUGUUGUUUUUUUUAA